AUGCUCAUCACUUGGCUUUCGUUGUCCAUAUUCAGUCUGCUGGCACAACCAACGUUAUGCGCGCCAAUCCGCUCGAGAGGAGCAACACUGGAGCACCGUCUGUCGAAAAGAACCAUUGCAGGACCCAAGAUCGACGGGGCCAACUUUCCAGGUACUUGGAACUUCAUAUUCGAGGGGCAACGGAAUGACUGAGUGUUACACAGACCCGUCCAUCAUCAACGUCAACGACGUCUGGUAUGCCUUUGCCACGAGAACCAUCGGCUCUACCAUCCAUGUCCAAGUAGCCACCUCCACCGACUUUGAGACCUGGAGCAUGCGGUACAACGACGAUGGCUCCCAAUUUGACGCACUACCAGACCUGCCCUCGUGGGUUGAUGACUCUACCGUCCUGUCGUCGAAAGUAUGGGGCCCAGAUGUGAAUGUGCUGGUAAGACUGCCAACUCUCUCUCUGAACAAGAUCUCCAGCAAGGCUAACAUUCAUUCCUAGGACGAUGGUACAGUAAGUGUAUCCAAUCGAAUAACACAAUGCAGAGACUAAUACAUGGGGAAAUCAGUAUAUCAUGUACUAUAGCGCCACCACAACAUCGGACAACACCAAACACUGCGUUGCCGCGGCUACAUCCAGCACCGUCCAAGGACCCUACACGCCUCAAUCUGGUACAUUGUUCUGUCCUCUCGCCAAAGGCGGAGCCAUCGAUCCCGCCGGUUUCAACGACAACGGCCAGCGAUACAUCGUAUACAAAGUCGACGGCAACUCCAUCGGUAAUGGAGGCUCCUGUGGCAAUGAUGGUAAGCCAUGCUCCCUUCAGACUCCCGGUCGUAUCCACUCACCCAUGCAACUCAGUCUCACCCUACGUCUCCACCGCUCUCCUCCUCCAACCGGUUACCUCGGACGGAUACACGCUGCAAGGCACCGCUACGACCCUCCUCGACAACGCCGGCGCCAGCGACCAAGGCAUCGUCGAAGCGCCCGCUCUGGUGAAAUCCGGGUCGACCUAUGUUCUCUUUUUCAGCUCGGGCUGCUAUACCACGGGAAACUACAAUGUCGACUAUGCCACUGCGAGCUCUCUCGAGGGUCCUUAUACCAGAGCUGGGAGCGCCCUGAUCGUUACGGGGACCAGUGGGUUGACUGCGCCCGGGGGUGCGGAUGUCACCAAGGACGGAGAGAGAUUGAUUUUCCAUGCGACUUAUGGUUCGGGAAGGGCGCUCUACACGAGUACGAUUCAAAUCGCGGAUGAAGCGGUUACUCAAGCUUAG